CUUUAGGUUUUUGUCCUCACCCAGUCUCCGUACGGUGCCCGUCUCUGAUUGGUCAAUACGCGGUCCAUGCCAAAUACAAUCGUUUGGAGAACGUCUUUCGGAUCACAGUCAGGAUGAGUCUGAGAAAGCAAACCCCGAGCGACUUCCUGAAGCAGAUAAUCGGCAGACCUGUGGUGGUCAAACUCAACUCUGGUGUCGAUUACAGAGGAGUCCUGGCCUGCCUCGAUGGUUACAUGAACAUUGCCAUAGAGCAGACUGAGGAGUAUGUUAAUGGGCAGCUCAAGAACAAGUACGGAGAUGCUUUUCUAAGAGGAAACAAUGUCCUUUACAUCAGCACCCAGAAGAGGAAAGCGUAGUGGAGACCAUUCUGUUUUUCAUUUUUAUUUUACAGUGGUUGAUGUGUCAGUGGAUAACUGUCCUGUUUUUGGUUCUGUAAACCCUGAAGUAUGUUUGUUUUUGUAAAAGUGGAAUUAGUUAAUAAACUCUGAGUUUUGAUUUGUGUCUGAUAUGGUUAAUAUUAUUCACACAUUUUGGUGUUAACGUCACAAGAAAAAUGAUGAGGUAUUUUUUCUGUUCUCAAUUGUUCUUUGUUAAAAUGUAAAUGAAGGGUUUGAACUAAGAGUAUCAUUUCAACAGGCUUCAUUUUGAAAUAGAUUUUCAUUCCUGUGAAGGGUUGUUCAUAUUUUAAUAUCUUGAGAUUUAAUUCUUGACUAUAUCAGGCUUCUCCACUGCCAGUGGAAUAAAGAAGGGCGGUUUGUGGCCAAGUCAUUCACUCAAAGUUUAUCCCCGGAGCAAGCAAAUCUACCACUGUUUUACCACAAGGCUUCAAAAGGAUUAGAACAUAAUUUUGUAAUUUGUCAGUACUAAUGUGCUAAUUGUGUACUUGAUCUUGAUACGACUUGCCUGCAGAAACCCAUUACCGAAUAGCCUGUGUACAGAUGCACUCAUCAUCUUGCAUUUACUUUACAUCACAAGUCAUUUGAUGAACAGCUGUUUGUAUAAUAAAAAAUAAAACUGUUCAAGUAAUAUUUCACAUAUAAAAA